AUGCGUGAGUCUGAUCAGUGAGAGCAGGUCAGUAUCAGUGUGCCACAGCCGGCGAUACCAUGUCUGCUCCUACUCCGCCGACCACGUGCGAAAAGGUCGUGUUGAAAAGGAAAAUAACACUACUGAACGGCGUGGCGAUCAUCAUAGGAACCAUCAUCGGGUCGGGCAUAUUCGUGUCACCGGCUGGAGUCUACAUAUACACGAAGUCUGUCGGGGUGUCUUUGAUAGUAUGGAGCGCCUCAGGGGUGUUCUCUACGCUCGGUGCUCUUUGCUACGCGGAGUUGGGGACGACGAUUACGAGGUCUGGGGGAGACUACGCGUACAUCCUGGAGGCCUUUGGUGAUCUUCCGGCGUUCUUGAGGAUUUGGGUGGCGCUUCUGAUCAUCAGACCGACCACGCAGGCUAUAGUAGCCAUCACAUUCGCUCAGUACGCGGUGAAGCCGUUCUUCCCAGAGUGUGAACCCCCGGCGGUCGCUGUGUCCCUGUUGGCUGCCGGUUGUCUAUGUUUGCUGACGGCUAUCAACUGCCUCAGUGUUCGCUGGUCUUUGCAAGUUCUUUCCCUCUCAACGUAUGCCAAGCUGUUUGCCCUCUUCGCUAUCAUCAUUGCUGGAGUUUUCCAUAUUGCAACAGGGAAUACGUCACAUUUUGACAAUGCAUUUGAAGGAGACUAUGACCCGGGAUCAAUUGCACUCGCGUUUUUCUCUGGACUUUUUGCUUUUGGAGGAUGGAAUUAUCUCAAUUUUGUCACCGAGGAGCUUCAGGAUCCUUACAAGAACCUUCCCAGGGCCAUCUGGAUAGCAAUGCCAAUGGUGACAUUGGUAUAUGUGUUGGCUAAUCUUGCUUAUUUUGCCGUUGUAACCAGCGAAGAGAUGAUAUCUUCACCAGCAGUCGCUGUUACCUUUGGAGACCGAAUGUUUGGACCUGUCAGCUGGACUGUGCCGGUGUUUGUAGCGUUGUCUACGUUCGGAGGUGUGAACGGUGUUGUGUUCACGUCUGCUCGGCUGUUCUGUACAGGAGCCCAGGAAGGACAUCUUCCAGAACUGUUCUCACAUAUCCAUGUAGAGAAAAGAACUCCCAUACCUGGCCUGAUAUUCUGUUGUGCUGUCUCGUUAGUGAUGGUGACAGUUUCUGAUGUGUUUGCUCUUAUCAACUACUUCAGCCAGACGUUGUGGCUGUCUGUAGGGGCUUGCAUCGUCGGCCUGCUCUAUAUGAGGUAUACAAAGCCAGAUCUGCCAAGACCAAUCAAAGUCAACCUAGCUGUACCAGUUGUGUUCCUGAUCUGUGUUUUGUUCCUGGUUGUUGUGCCUUGUGUGUCUCAGCCAUACAACACUCUGAUAGCUGUGAUUAUUAUUCUCUCUGGAAUCCCAGUUUACUUCAUUGGAAUAAAGUGGAGAUCAAAACCUAAAUGGUUCACUGCUUUGCAUGAGGAUUUUACAAGGACGGUCCAGAAGUCACUAAACGUUGUCAGGUCUGAAGCAGAUAUCCAGUGAAGAUCUUUAAAUGGCCAAGUCGCCAAAUAAGUUUAUUUACAUGGUUACUUUUAAUAACCAGACUACAAAGACCUUGCACAUAACCCUACUUUGUCACAUAUUUUCCGUGUGUUAACUCAAGACAGGGAAGGACAUACGAUUUUACGGUUUUGCUGAAGCUACAGAAGCUUUUACUAUUUGCCGUGACCGUAAAUUAAAAUCAGGUUUUCCUGGUUCAAUUUCAAAAGUCCCGUUUUUCUGAUACAACAAAAUUCCCACAUGAUUCCCAGAAUUUACGGUCUGUAGCCACCCUGAAGGUUGGAUAUGAAUACUGUAUGGUAUGCAAUUUUUUUAUCAUAUGGUUUUUGUGGAGGUAGAUCCCAAUAAGAAGACAGUUUUCAUCACCUGAAAACAAUAUUUUUAUUUGUCCACAUCAAGAAGAGGGGCUGCACCUUUCUGUGGUUGGUAACGUUUAUUUGAAAGGGGGACUCUUCCCUGUUUGUUGACUGGAGAAGGGAAGAACCGCAACUCAAUUUUGUACUAGGAUCUUUGCUGCUAGCCCAGUUAUACUUCUACGUUAAUUUUAUCUCUACAAAUGUAUAAGUAUUUCAUGUUAAUUUGUUAUAUGUAAGUGCAACAGAUGCAUAGGUUUAUCUCGUAUUUUAGGUACUGUUAUAUUUUUUCUACUUCUAUACUUUAUUCAUAUACUUCAGCUUUCUUUUACUUCAUAUCCAGAGAAAAUAGGAAGCCUAACAGUAAACUGUAAAUAGGAAGGAGAUAUCAAUAGCACUCUGUGACAUAUUGGGACUUUUUAUACUCAUAUAGCAGCUUGAGUUUAUUUUAUAGGCUUAAAAUAGAUUAGAUAGUAUGGAUACUAAAAUGUUCUUACAGUAAAGUUAAGACUAAUAACUAAGUAUGAAUUUCAUAACCUGAAUGCUUUACACUCCAGGGACUAACCAAAGGCGAAGCUGAACAAAUUGUAAUACAUAAUUUUUUUAGAACGAGAUGUUUGUGCCACCAUUAUAAGGCUAGGAAUAGUAAAGUAACUUUUAUGUUGAUUUUCAUGCCCUCUCCUGCUUAUAAAGUUCACUUGUUGAUAAAACAAAACCCCUUUUACCUUGUUAAUAAACUAUGCUUUCUGAAAGAAGGCCAACAUCUGACUUAAGUGGGAUUGGGGGUCAGCACUGUUUCCAUAUAUAAACGGAUUACAAAAUGUCUCUGGUAAUUACUCAUUCUUUUAAGUAAGGUAAGGUAUUUUAUAGUUGUUUUUUUAGUAGUUCUUAGAUAAGUCCCAAAUAAGCUUUACUCAAAUAAAUGGACAAUAUUUGCUAAUGUUCCUUAAUCCUUGUUAGUGAUCUGUGAAUAAUUUACAUUGCCAAGCUUAGAUAUAACAUGUACUAUUCAUUUUAUGUAAAUAGGAAGUUCUACUUGAACUUUUGGAGGCUGUUAAUAUGUAAUUAAUUAGUAUUUAUUUUUACAUACUUUGUAAAUAUUUAGUUAAAAUUUUGUAAAUAUACUUUGCAGUAAUGAGUUUUUAUAAGUGUUGUACUUGUUGAAUAAUAAUUGGUUUUUUCCUAUUGUUAAUUUGUUUUAAGAUAGGUUUAAAUUAAUAUAAUUCUUACUAAUAUUAUAGUGUGUUACAGUACCAGUACGGUACUUUUAAAAAUUAUUAUUCAAACAUGAGAAUAUUGGUUGUCAAACAGCAACAUGAUAUAAUUUAUUUACACAUUUUGAAACAGUAAAAUAUAUAGGCUAUUUUUAUCUUUAGUAAAUUUACUCAAACCACAAAUAGCUACUUUACAACUUUGAUGACAUUUUAAGUAUUUUCCGUGUAAGCUUUAGUACAUCCUAGUUCACUUAGUAAGUAGGCUAUUCUUCUUCUUCCAUACACAAAAAAGAACUGAGAUUACGGAAUUUUAUAUUUUGAAGGGACCAAUUUAAUAUACUUGAAUUACAAUAAUUUCUAGAAAUAGUUUUCCAGAAGACUUGAAACCAAGAGGCUUGUAAAAUAACA